GGGCUGUUGGUCUUUCCCCCUUUUUUGUGACACCCUCCCAAUUCCUGCCCUGUUUGCUUCCACUGCAGCAGAGAAGCGCUCUCCAAAAGUCGAUGGGGACGAGUAACAAGUCUCCAGUUUGAGCAAGCGUCGCGCGCAAUUAAAGCGCCCCGGGUUUUUUGGAGGAGGUUGGCGUCUCUCUCGUUGCAAAGCAGGGCAAGCAGUUGAGGUUGUUGGACUCUGCGCGCUCUCCCUCCCUCGGCUGGGUUGGCAAACUUGUAUCAGGAGGCGGUGUAUGUGUGCUUGUGCGCGCGUUUGUGCGCGCGCCUGUGUGUGUUGGAUGGCUUUGGGAGCCCGAAGAUGCUGCCUGGCGUGGUUUUUCCCCCCUCUUGCGGAAGGGCACCUGAGCUAAAAUCUGGGGAUUAAGCAGACGCACACGCACACAAAACACAAGCACCCCCCCCCCACUCACCACCUACACACACACACACACACACACACACGGAGACGCGUUUCUGACGGGUGCCAAAGGAAUCCUUUUGAAAUGACUUGGAGGAUUUUCAUCUUGGAAUUAUGUGGAGGGCGAAUGCAACCCCCUUUGCACCGAUAAGCAACCCUGCCUCGCGGGUAGGCGAGGAUGUGGCGCCCCGAUCUCAGCACCAGCACUGGCGAUCGCAUCUCUGGAAAGCAGGAUGGCAACCUCCCUUGACGCCCGGCGCUGAGGAGUCUUGCGAAAUGCCAAACUUUGCGGCAGCGGCUACGAUUUCUCACAUUCCUGAGCAUGGAGUUGGUGAAGAUGGCGCGAGUUUGCUGGAAUCUCCUGGUGCUUCAGGCUCUCUUGGCAGAGUUGGCCCUCGUCUGGGGGGCAGAGAAAAGCUACCCCAUCCUGAACAUCGCCGUCAUCCUGGGGAGGACGCAGUACGUCACGGAAAGAGAGGUCCGAGCGCUUUGGACCAGGGAUAUGUCCGGCGACCUCACCGUCGACGUCAAUGUGGUGCCCCUUCUGGUCAACCAGACAGACCCCAAAAGCAUCAUCACCAACGUCUGUGACUUGAUGUCGGGCACCAAGAUCCACGGCGUGGUUUUUGGAGACGACACCGACCAGGAGGCGGUUGCCCAGAUUUUGGAUUUUAUUUCGUCACAGACCUUUAUUCCGAUCUUGGGGAUUCAUGGUGGCUCGUCAAUGAUCAUGGCGGACAAGGAUGUGAUGUCCAUGUUUUUCCAGUUUGGGGCUUCCAUCCAACAGGAAGCCAUCAUCAUGCUAAAAUUCAUGCAAUACUACGACUGGCAUGUCUUCUCCUUGGUAACCAGCACUUUUCCCGGCUACCGAGACUUCAUCAGCUUUAUCAAGUACACUGUGGAGAACAGUUUUGUGGGCUGGGACAUGCAAAACAUCAUCACCCUCGACACGCCCAUCGGUGAUGCCAAGACGACCAUUCAGCUGAAGAAGAUCCACUCCUCUGUCAUCCUGCUUUACUGCUCGAAGGACGAAGCUGUUUACAUCCUGGAGGAGGCCCGUUCCUUAGGCUUGACUGGUUAUGACUUCUUCUGGAUUGUCCCCAGCUUGGUUAGCGGGAACAUGGAAAUUACUCCCAAAGAGUUCCCUGCGGGGCUGAUUUCGGUGUCCUAUGAUGAGUGGGACUACCGAUUGGAUGCCCGGGUACGCGAUGGCCUUGGGGUUAUUGCUACGGCUGCAACAGCCAUGUUGGAAAAGUAUUCAUUCAUCCCCGAGACGAAGACGAGUUGCUAUGGACAGCAGGAGAACGGCGACCGGCCAUCUCACAGGCUGCACAAGUUUAUGAUGAAUGUGACCUGGGAUGGCAAGGACUUAUCCUUCACCGAAGACGGCUACCAGGCGCACCCCAGACUGGUGGUCAUUGUGCUAAAUCAAACCCGGGCAUGGGAGAAGGUGGGGAAAUGGGAGAACAAAACGCUUCUGCAUAAGCAUUCGGUGUGGCCCAGGUUCAAUUCCUUCAAUGACAGCGAGCCGGACAACAACCACCUGAGCAUCGUCACCCUGGAAGAAGCCCCUUUUGUCAUCGUGGAGGACAUGGACCCUUUGACGGAGACGUGCGUGAAGAACACGGUGCCCUGCCGGAAGUUUGUCAUCAUUAACAACAUCACCAAGGAAGGAAAGAACGUGAAGAAAUGUUGCAAGGGCUUCUGCAUCGACAUCCUGAAGAAGCUCUCCAAAGCCAUCAAGUUCACCUAUGACCUCUACCUGGUGACCAAUGGCAAGCACGGGAAGAAGAUCAACAACGAGUGGAACGGAAUGAUUGGGGAAGUGGUCAAAAAGCAAGCCGUGAUGGCCGUGGGAUCCCUAACUAUCAACGGCGAGCGUUCAGAGGUGGUCGAUUUUUCUGUGCCCUUUGUGGAAACGGGCAUCAGCGUCAUGGUGUCUCGGAGUAACGGCACGGUGUCUCCAUCUGCUUUUUUAGAGCCCUUCAGCGCUUCGGUCUGGGUGAUGAUGUUUGUGAUGUUGCUUAUUGUAUCGGCCAUCGCCGUCUUUGUGUUUGAGUACUUCAGCCCCGUGGGCUACAACCGGAACUUGGCGCAAGGGAAAGAUCCGCACGGACCAUCCUUCACAAUCGGGAAAGCCGUGUGGCUGCUGUGGGGCCUGGUGUUUAACAACUCUGUGCCGGUUCAGAAUCCAAAAGGGACCACCAGCAAGAUCAUGGUGUCCGUCUGGGCUUUCUUUGCAGUCAUAUUCCUGGCAAGCUACACAGCCAACUUGGCCGCAUUUAUGAUCCAGGAGGAAUUUGUUGACCAGGUGACCGGCCUCAGUGAUAAGAAGUUUCAACAACCAUACGCCUAUUCACCUCCUUUUCGGUUUGGGACUGUCCCAAAUGGGAGCACGGAGAGAAAUAUCAGGAACAACUAUAAGGAGAUGCAUGCCUACAUGGUGAAAUACAACCAGAAAGGAGUGGAGGAUGCCUUGGUCAGUUUGAAAACUGGGAAGUUGGAUGCUUUCAUCUAUGAUGCAGCGGUGCUGAACUACAAGGCUGGUCGGGAUGAGGGGUGCAAGCUGGUGACGAUCGGCAGUGGGUACAUCUUUGCCACGACAGGCUACGGGAUUGCUCUCCAGAAGGGGUCGCCGUGGAAGAGGGCCAUCGAUCUUGCAUUGCUGCAGUUUGUCGGCGAUGGUGAAAUGGAGGAACUGGAAACUCUGUGGCUGACGGGCAUUUGCCACAACGAGAAGAACGAGGUCAUGAGCAGCCAGCUGGACAUUGACAACAUGGCAGGCGUUUUCUACAUGCUCGCUGCUGCCAUGGCCCUCAGUCUCAUCACGUUCAUCUGGGAGCACCUGUUUUAUUGGAAGCUGAGGUUCUGCUUCACUGGAGUUUGCUCUGACAGGCCAGGACUGCUUUAUUCCAUCAGCAGGGGUAUUUACAGCUGCAUUCAUGGGGUCCACAUAGAAGAAAAGAAGAAGUCUCCCGACUUCACACUGACGAGUUCUCAAACGAAUAUGUUGAAACUCCUGCGGUCGGCAAAGAACAUGACCAACAUCAACCCCUCCCGGAUAAACUCCCCCAAAAGAACAGCCGAUUUUAUCCACAGGGGGUCCUUGAUAAUGGACAUGAUGAUGGACAAGGGGAACCUGAUCUUCUCCGACAACAACAGGCCCUUUCCGCCGAAGGAGAACAUUUUCAGCGACAACAUAGGCGACCUACAGUCUUUCAUGGGCAACCGCCACAAGGACAGCCUCAACAACUACGUUUUCCAAGGGCAGCACCCACUCACGCUGAACGAAUCCAAUCCGAACACGGUGGAAGUCGCCGUUGCGGCAGAAGGCAAAGGGAAUUCGCGCCCGAGACAGCUGUGGAGGAAAUCGGUGGAAUCUUUGCGCCAAGAAUCUCUGCGGCAGGGCUCUCUCCAGCGAGAAAACGAUUCUGACGAGAACCGGCAGCAUUCGUUGAAAGGCCCAAGGUACCUCCCCGAAGAGAUCAUCCGCUCAGACGUUUCAGAUACCUCGAGCCGGGCCACCUGCCACAUGGAGCCCGAAAACAACAACAACAAGCACCACAAGUCAAAGGACAAUGUUAAGAAACGUCCUGUGGCGAAAUACCCAAAGGACUGUAGCGAUGUCGAGCUGACAUAUCUGAAAAACAAGUCUCUGCCUCGGGAUAAAAUUUACAUUAUAGAUGCAGAUAAAGAGCGUGGCUUUCACCUGGAUACGCCCCAGUAUAUCGAGAACAUUAUCCUUCCAGAGACAAUGGAGUUCUCCGACAUUUAUCAGGAUCACAACGACAACUACCGGAAGUCGGAGCAGAGUAACAGGACUCCUUUGCCGAACGAGGAAAGUCUUCCAAUCAACGACCAGUACAAGCUGUACCCGAAGCACUACGGCUCGAAAGAUAAGAACGCAACCUUCGGCGAAGCCAACGACCACUACAGGCAGAACGCUACCCACUGCAGGAGCUGCCUUUCCAGCCUGCCCAGCUACGCCGGGCACCAUUUGAGCCGCUCACCCUACAAGUGCGACGCCUGCGUGCGGAUGGGGAACCUGUACGACAUCGACGAAGACCAGAUGUUGCAGGACACUGGCAACUUGGCCCAGCGGGAGGAAGAGGUGUACCGGCACGACUGGGUCCAGAACAACAAAACCCAGCCCCCGAAGAAAAGCAAGCUGAGGAUCAGCCGGCAGCACUCUUUUGACAACCUCCUGGACAACAAGCCCAGGGAAGUGGACAUCGGGAGGCCGGCCCGGAGCAUCAGCCUAAAAGACAAAGAGAAAUUUCUGGAAGGCAGCCCUUAUGCAAACCUGUUUAGCGCCCCCCAAAGCAAACUCUUGAGCAGCAAGGCUCCGCUUUUCACGCGUACCUUGGACGACGGUAAGAGGAUCAAGUCCCUGUAUUCCGACCGUUCCGCGGAGAACCCUUUUCUGCACUCUUAUUACGACGACCAGCACUUGGUUCUGGGGCGGAGCCCCGCGGGCCUUUAUAAACACUCCUUGCCCACAAAAGCGAGAAAUGAUAGUUACUCAAGGUCGUCGAUAAAAUCGACCGCCUCGUACUGUUCCAGAGACGGCCGGGUCCACAACGACAUGUACAUUUCGGAGCAUGGGAUGCCUUAUGUUGCAAAUAAGAAUAGCGUGUACUCAGCUCCAAGAGUUUUAAAUUCCUGCAGCAAUAGACGCGUGUAUAAGAAGAUGCCUAGCAUUGAAUCAGAUGUUUAGCUUUUUCCAUUCACAUUUUUAUCUAGAGGGGAAAACAUAGUUGCCAGCAUCCGAGAGCCAAACGGGGUGUUCCUUAGCGGUCUUCCGGGAACUGAGGGGCUGCGAUGCCUUCCAUUGAUCGAAUUAGUGUGUUGAACCAAAAACAAAAAGAAAGAAAGAAAAGAGGGAGGAGGAAGAACGAUUGGGGAAACCCCCCCAUCACUCCAAGGGCAUAUCUAUACUACAAACAUAUAUUGUUUUAUUUUACUGCAGUGUCUUUCCCCAGAGCAUCCUGGGAAUCGCAGUUUGGUGAUAGUGCCUCAGAUCCCAAGGUCAUACCCCCACCAGACAUUUAAAGCACUAUUUUACCACUUUGAACAGGCAUGGCUCCCCCAAAAGAAUCCUAGGAACUGUAGUAUGUUAAGGGUGCUGCCCCCCUGGCAGAGCUACGAUUGUUCCCUGGGAAGAGGGAUUGACUGUUAAACCACUCUGGCGAUUGUAACUCUCUGAAGGGAUGAGGGACCUCCGAACAACUCACGGCGCCAAUAACAAACUAAAGUUCCCAUGAUCCUUGAGGGGUGACGCUUUGACUGUUCGAAUGGUAUUGUGGCGAUUUACCUACCGGUAUAUAGUGGGCAUGUGGCCCAUAUUAACAACCCACAGCUUUGUUUGGAAGGCUACCAUCCCCUAGGAAGAGGGAGCAACGAUCAAGCUCCCUUAGGGAUCAGUUCAAGCCCGGGCAGAAAUGGGCACCAUUUCUGGUCUGUUCAUUUUGGAAUCCUGCUGGGAUAUGUUGGCAACUAUGUUAUUUUUUUAUAUUAGGAUGGUUCUUUUCCCCCUUGUCCAUCAGACUUGAGUCCUUCUCGCACUUUCCACCUGGCGUAUUUAUGUCCUCCCAGACGUUUAUUUUUUAGUAGAGAAUAAGCAAUAUGGUAUGCAUGUACUUUGACACAGAACAAAGAAAAAAUUUUGUUAAGAAUGCAUUUGUACACUGACAAAGGUAAGACUUGUCAAAGAGAUUAGAGCUAGUCUUUUUUUUUAAAAAAAAGAAACGAACAAAAUGAAAAACUAU